GCAUGAGGCCCAAUAUUUCUUCUUGUUAUGAGAACUGAAAAAGCCUGAAGAUUGCAGGAAUUUUAUUCAGUUCUUUUUAAGGUUUGAUUUUACUCAAGUAAAGUGUUCUGCUGUUAAAUUAAAUUAUAAUGUUUUGUACCUGGGGUUUAUUGUUAUUUUUUUGAAACAGUGAAAAUCACCUGAAACUGGGAAAUAUUUAUGCAGCUUUGUGUCAUUUGUUGAUUACAGUGUAUUGUUGGAUAUUGAUUCUAUCUCCGUCUGUGUGUGCAUGUGUGUGUGUGCGUGUGUGUGUGUGUGCGUGAGCAGGGGGGAAAGAUUCCCAUUCGGUGGACAGCACCGGAGGCCAUCGCCUUCAGGAAGUUCACCUCAGCCAGCGACGUGUGGAGCUACGGCAUCGUCAUGUGGGAGGUGGUGUCCUACGGGGAGAGGCCCUACUGGGACAUGAGCAACCAGGACGUGAGGGACCUGCUGCGGCUCGGAGGAACGCUGCCGGGACACAACAGGAAGAGCCCGGACAGCAGCCAGGAGAUCAUCCGGCAACAGAUGAGCCAAACUCUCCCCAUCAGAGUGUGAACUGCUGCAAACUGGAGGGAAGGAAAAGAAAAGAAAAGCAAUGGCAACUACCCACGCUGUGAGCCAGAGAGCCUGAUGUAAAUUUCAUUUAAUAAAACAAAAAAGAGAGAGAGAGAGAGAGAGAGGAAAAUAGAAGAUGGAGGCCCCGGCUCUGUGAAAGUGGACCCUUUUUGGACAUUUCUUUCCCACCGGAGACUUAACGUCUGUACAAAGAGAACUCGCCAUUGCAGUGUGUGUUCAUUGACACUUGUGGAUUUGUGACUGUUGACAUGAAGCCAAACUUCUUCUUGCUCCCUCUCAGGUUGUGUUUUUGCAUGCCUGCAUGUGUUUUCUACUGGUUGGGAAUCCGUCUGUCCUCCCGUCCUCCCAGGCGAGCUCCCAGAGACGAUUCAGCGUCGAGGCGACGCGACAGUGCCAAGAUGAAUAACUUCAACGCAGCUUGACCUCUGUAUGAUUUCACAUCACUCCAGACUUUUCCGCUUUUUUUUCUUUUUCUUUUGAUCCCAACCAAAUAUAUUCUUUAAUAUUUUGAAGGAGAAAAAACAAACAAACAAACAAAAAAAAAAGCUCUUCAUCUGCUUCCUCCUAAAAAGUGUCUUCCACUUGUACUGGGAGAUAUGUGUGUCACAAACCUGUACAAAGCCUCCGAGUCUUCACACCGUCCCCCCGUCAGAGGGGACAUACAGCUGACACUGUGCGGGACACGUCAUGUGCAUGUCCCCCCCCGCCCACAUCAGAGGGGACAUACGCUGUGCGGGACACGUCAUGUGCAUGUCCCCCCCUCCACAUCAGAGGGGACAUACGCUGUGCGGGACACGUCAUGUGCAUGUCCCCCCCCCCACAUCAGAGGGGACAUACGCUGUGCGGGACACGUCAUGUGCAUGUCAAAGUGGAAAAACCUUCAUAAGAAAAGUUCGAAGUUCCACAGAAACACUGUUGCUUUGAUGCAUCGGGCUUUAACGCCCACGUUUUCCUAUUCUUCUUUGAUUCAUACUCACAUUGUUUCAAAUGUUAUUUUCUGUGAGGGGUUUGUGUCUUUUUCUUUUAUUUUCUUUCUUUUUUCUUUUUUUUUACUGAAGCUUAACUUUUUUAUUACACUGCUUGUUUUUUUCUGACAUUAUAAGAAGCCGGACAGACAGGAAUGAGUGAGUGAAAGAAAUGUUGCACUCAGACAGGUUAAUUACCUGUAAACCCACUGAGCAGACUGUGUCAGGGCUGCUGUCAGGCUUUUAUUCAGGAAUAAAAAGCGCUCCUGGCAGGGCCACAUCGUGCGUUUUACUCUGGAAAUCUCGUCUCAGCAGGAUAUUUUAAAGGGACACGGUCACGUUGAAGUGUGUUUCUGUGUAAAAAAUGCUGAAUAGAUAAUAUCUUACCUGUCAUCGAACAACCUCAGUUUGAAAAAAAAAAAUACAGUUGCGCCUGUAUCUCACUGGGCUUCAGCUGCAGGUGACGUGAUGUGAACAUCUUUAAUGAGGGAGUCUGAACUGCAGCAACUCAGUCAGCUCAGUUUAGUUUGGAACUCCAGAGCUGGGUCGAAAAAUCAAAACAAUCAAACCAACUUGAAUAAUUAUAGGUACAAAAUGUAAAAGAAAAGUGGAUGAGGGGGUAGAAAACGUGCAGCACACAGCUUAUCUUUGUUUUUAUAUGUGAAGACAGAGGGUACAGUGAUGAUCAAUAAGCUCAAAAGAUCACUUAUUGAUUUAGAAAUGAUUCUGUUUCCUCUCGGAUUCACUCAGAAGUGCUUCAUGCAGUUCUUUUACUUUAUUUAAGACCUGGAGCUCACUGUGAGAAAACACUUUCCUCUUCCCGUCACUUGUGUGCCUGCUGUGUGUGUGCUGGACGUUCACGUUUAAAUUGUGCAGCAGACAACUUUGUUCUGCUGCAGACUGAGUUCAAGCUGCUCCCAGCCACUGAACAUGUUGGAGCUCUUUGUCAAUCUGACGCAGAGACUGAACAGCACAGCUAGCUAAAAUAUUAGCUUUGCUAAAUCACUAAACAGGUAAGAAAAUAGACCAUUUCGUAGGUUGCUAUUAAAACACCGUUGGAACUGAACAUAUUUAACCUGUAAUUUACUGUACAUCGUCAUGCAGAACUGAUGUACUGGCUCUAAACUGGUUCAUGUUAAACUUUACUUUUAGAUCAAAGAGGACUUUUUUCCAGAUAUCUAAAAGCUAUAAAUCAGUUUUUUUACCUUG